AACUGAAAGUCAUCAAGCUUUCAAUAAUGGCGACCGUUCCCUCCCACUACCUUCGUCUUCCUCAUCUUAUCAACCAAAAAACCCACUACUCUCUUUCCCUCAAACCACACUCUACUCGUAUUACUUUUCCGGCGAGUUCAUGGCCGCGGGCAAUGUCGAAAACCGACGAGGAGGCUUCUAUUUCUCCAAGGCUCGAGCAGGAAAACUUUGAGCUGACGACGGCGGAGGGUAUUCGCCGGCGGGACAGAGAAGAAGCUAAAGAAUCGAAGAGUUUGAAAAACACGUGGCGGAAAAUCCAAGGGGAAGAUAAUUGGGCCGGGCUAAUGGAUCCGAUGGACCCGGUUCUUAGAUCCGAGCUGAUCAGGUACGGGGAAAUGGCCCAGGCCUGUUACGACGCCUUCGACUUCGAUCCUUUCUCAAGGUACUGUGGGAGCUGCAGGUUCACGCGCCGUCACCUGUUCGAAUCGCUCGGGAUACUCGAUUCCGGCUACGAGGUGGCGCGUUAUCUCUACGCGACGUCGAACAUCAACCUCCCCAACUUCUUCUCGAAAUCUAGAUGGUCCAAGGUGUGGAGCAAGAACGCCAACUGGAUGGGAUACGUGGCAGUUUCCGACGACGAAGAAGCCACGCACGGCCGACUCGGACGCCGGGAUAUCGCGAUCGCGUGGAGAGGAACCGUCACGCGGCUCGAGUGGAUAGCGGAUCUCAAGGAUUACCUCAAACCGGUAUCCGGAAACGGAAUCCGGUGUCCCGACCCGGCCGUUAAAGUCGAAUCCGGUUUCCUCGAUCUCUACACAGACAAAGACACGUCGUGCAAGUUCUCGAAAUUCUCGGCGCGGGAGCAGGUUCUGACGGAAGUGAAGAGGCUGGUGGAGAGGUACGGAGACGAGGAAGGAGAAGAUCUGAGCAUCACCGUGACGGGACACAGCCUCGGCGGCGCAUUGGCGGUGUUAAGCGGGUACGACGUGGCGGAGAUGGGACUGAACAGAACUAGGAAAGGAAAAGUGAUACCGGUGACGGUGUUCACGUACGGAGGACCGCGAGUCGGGAACAUUCGGUUCAAGGAGAGGAUCGAGAAACUAGGAGUAAAGGUGCUGAGGGUGGUGAACGAGCACGACGUCGUGGCGAAAUCGCCGGGACUGUUCCUGAACGAGCGUGCGCCACACGCGCUAAUGAAAUUGGCGGGAGGGUUGCCGUGGUGUUACUGCCACGUGGGCGAAAAGCUGCCGUUAGAUCAUCAGAACUCGCCGUUCCUCAAACCAACCGUUGAUCUUUCUACUGCUCAUAACUUGGAAGCUCUGCUCCAUCUCCUUGACGGGAGACAAGAUCUCAGUGUAUCAAAAAGAAAAAGAUAAUAAUAAGAAAAUGAAAAAAUAUCAGGGUCAGGCUCACAGCGGUUGGGUACCGGUAUAAGUGGAGCUGGCACAUAGAUGUCCUCAAAGAAUCCAAGUGUUACUGCCAAGUAUAGAGAUAUCAUAAGUA